AUGUCCAAAAAUUUAAUAAAGAUAAUAAAACCAUCAUCAUUAAAAUCCCUAAUAUCAUCGAAUUCAAAAACAAAGCAAAGAAUUAUCCCCAUUGAUUCAACAUGGUAUAUGCCAAAUACUCCUAAAAAUGCAUUUGAAGAAUAUAAACAGCAACAUUUACCUAAUGCUAAAUUUUUUGAUUUAGAUAAAUAUGUUAGAGAUUCAGCAUAUCCUCAUAUGUUACCAACUCAAACUAUAAUAAAUCAAGCUUAUAAAGAUUUAAAUAUACAUAAAAAUGAUAUUUUAGUUGUAUAUGAUCAAAUUGGGAAUUUUUCUUCUCCUCGUUGUGCAUUUACUUUUAAAUUGGGUGGUCAUGAAAAUGUUAAUUUAUUAGAUAAUUUUAAUACUUAUCAAACUGAAGGUUAUGAAAUUACAUCAGAAAUAAAAGAAGAAAAAGAACCGCAAAAAGAUGAACCAGUAAUAGAUGAACCAAUUGAAUCAAAUGAAAUUGAAAAAUAUGAAGAAAAUUAUAAUAAUGAAGUCAUUGAAUAUGAAGAUAUAAUUGCGUUAUUAGAAAAUGAUCAAAUUCAAAAUUAUUUAGUAAUUGAUGCAAGAUCAAAUGAUAGAUUUACUGGAGCUUCACCAGAACCAAGACCAGGUUUAAGUUCUGGUCAUAUUCCCACGGCAAAAAAUUUACCAUUUACUAAAUUAUUAGAUUCUUCCAAACAAAAUCAAUACAAGACAAAAGAAGAAAUUAUAAAAGAAUUAGAAACUAUAGAUAUUAAUAUAAAUAACUUACAAAAAGAUUAUCCAAAUGGUAUUAUAGUAAUGUGUGGAACUGGAGUUACUGCUUGUAUUUUAAAAUUAGCUUUUGAAUCAAUUGUGGAGUUGGAUGUACCAAUUAAAUUAUAUGAUGGUAGUUGGACUGAAUGGGCAAUGAGAGCUCCUGAUAAAUAUAUAGUAAAAGAUGUUUAG